GUCGGUGCUCACUUGUUUGUCAACAUUGGUGCAACAUGCAUAUGAUUAUAUAUUUAUGACCACAAUAGAUAUUAAUGUUGUUUUACAGCAGCACUUCCGCAACCUUCCUUUCCAAGAACAAGUGAGGAACAAUGAGAAGAGUAGAAAUUCGACAUAAGCAUGUCAUUUGCUCGUUUGUCAUUGUGAUCGUCUUUUCAACAGCGUCUGUUAUUUGGAUUCAACGCCAAGAUUAUUAUGACCAGUUAAGAAGUAACGAAUACCAACAUGCAAAAGCCAUGUACAAAAAGAAACUGCGCAGAAGUGAACUUUUUGAUAACCGUUUCCAAGAACGACAACAACGACUAGUUCGUGCGUGUACAAAGUAUUCCAAUUUUGAUGUAAAUGGUACCAUUUUCAGACCAGAAGAUGUUCUGUUCGUUCCACCUUACAACAUGAGCAUCUGUGUGAUCCAAAAAGUUGGCUGCAGAUUUUGGUGGAAAGUUUUGACGUUUCUACAGAAUAGUAAUACAAAGAAGCACACGUCAGACCCAUAUCGUCUGAGCAACCUCACAGACAAUUUGAAAUCAUCAUUCGAGCGAUCGCUUAAAAUAGUUUUUACCAGAGAACCAUAUUCCAGAUUGUUAGCCGCUUAUGUCGACAAGUUUUUAUCUCCAAAUCCAUUCUUUUGGGGAACGGGAAAAAUAAUCAUAAACAGAUUUCGCCAUGAUGCCUCAAAACGAAGUUUAGAAUGCGGUCACGAUGUCUCAUUUCAAGAAUAUGUUAAAUAUGUCCUGGAUGUAGAACAUGUAUAUGACCCGCAUUUCAUUCCGAUGCACAGACACUGUGCCUUCUGCAAGCAAAGGUAUGACAUCAUUGGCAAAAUGGAAACUUUUCAAGAUGACGUUUCAUUCAUUAUACAUUUAGUUAACGCUUCCAGCAAUGCACAGCUUUUACACUUCAUAAAUUCAAACCAUAUUUUAAAAGAAAUUCGCGUGAAUGCAAAAAAUCUAUUUCUUACAAGAAAACGCAUUCUAAAAGCCUGCAUGAACAUGCACGAGGCGUUACGGAGACUUUGGAAAAGAUGGAAAAUACGGGGUUUUAUAAGUAAUGAUCAAAACUUGAACAUUUCUGCAGAACAAAGUGAGACUAUGUCUUUCUAUACGUUUUAUGACUUGGCUAUACAAGCAGUUAAACGCUCAAAUAGCCUGGGAAGAAGAUUUACGAUGAAUAAUUUAAAACAAGAAUAUUUUAAUAGUCUUCCAAUCAGUGACAAGCUGUCCUUGAGAGAGUUGUUUCGCCCAGAAUUUGAUAUGUUUGGAUAUAAUCCCAAGCCAGCAUUUGUGUUUCCUGUGAAGAAAUAAAAUGUCAACAAGCAGCAACCGCUAAGGCCGUACCUAACCUAAACUAAUUGGAAGGGGUGGAGAGAGAAGGGGGAAUAAAACAGGAAUCAGGACACAGAAAUACAGCGUCUUCUCCAAAUCAGAAGUAUAGUCAAAGAGGACAACUAUAUUUAAAACAAAAAUAAUAAUUUAAAAAAUCCCGCAUUAAUAUUUUCGUAUAUUUCAAGACUGCAUCUGGACCGCCCGCCCCCCCCCCCCUGCCUCCGGGGGGGGGGGGGGGGGG